AUGAAGGAGGUCGCCAGUAGCAAAAACAAGGCACCAGACCUGGGCACCAGUGUGGAGGCACCAAAUCUAGGCGCUGCUCAUUCUGUUCAUGCAUUCGAGGUGAGGGAAGAGAGGCCAGAUUUGGGUGUUGUAGAGGAGCCAUUGAUGGGCACUGCUCAUUCUGUUCAUGCAUCUGAGGUGAGGGAGGAGGCACCAGAUCUAGGCAUUAUGGAGGCUCCAUUGAUGGGUGCAGGAGGGGUUGUUGCGCUAGCUGGACGUGUAGGAGGGGCACCCAUGGCGCUGGGUGCUACUGCCAAGAGUAGGGGAGCCAACGCGGGCAAGCCUUAUUUACGCUAG